CGAUGUAGAAGGGGUCGCAACUCUUCUCCUCCAUUAACUGGAAUUUGCUUCGGUCCGGCUGGUCGUUCGGCCGCUGAGGGAAGAUUUCGGUUUGGAUGCUUAUACCGCCUGAGUGGAAGAGGUUCUGCAUGCUCGUGCGGAUGGCUUCGAAGAUGGAAGGCUUGGGCGGGAGGAGGGGGGAGCGCGGGAUUUUUGUUAUGAGGAAUUCGAGCUCCAUGCCCACCGUUAUUAUUGAGGAGGUGUUGUCGGUUUGGAGGGCGUUUGCCGUUUGGUGGAUUUCGGAGUGAAGGGAGAGGAGAUUGGGUUCUAUUUUCCGUUCAUCCAUGGUAUAGGUAGCUGAUGUUG